CUCUUCUCGUUAACACGCAUCUCUCUCUGCGCUGUGCUUUUGAAGUUUGUUUGUUAUUUUGUCCGCUGCUUCCUUUUCAAAAAAAAAAACUACUAUAUCCAACAAUUUGUCGCGUCUGGGUUGGGUUACUUUGCGGAAGGGGAAAAAAAUUCAGCGGCUUUUUGUGGGGAUUGCUACUAUUUCACUAAUUUAUCUCGUUCUGAUUCAAAUAGUAAUCCUAGUAGUUUUAUUCUUUCUUCCUUUUCGGAUUGUUUUUUGGAGCAGAAACGUUUCUCCUGUUUAGGCUCAUGCGUUUCUGUGCGAUUGAGCAUCAUCGGGUGAGAACCAUGUUUUCUUUUGAGGAUUUUCCGAAUUGGAACCAUGACAAACCAUGCUUUCUUGUUCCGGGGAAGAACGACUUGAAGUUGAAGUGAUAGUUUUAUCGUAUAAAUCUCUCUCUCUCCCUCUCUCCCUCUCUCCCCCUGUUCUUUUAACUGAUUGUUGAACCAUGGAUGAGGCUAACGAAGGAAGAAGAAGCAAGGGUGUGGAGAAUUUGUCUCUACAAAUGGACAAGUUCCCGAGAGAUCUUCUUCAGAGAUUCAUGGCUUGUAGUAACAAUACGCAGCAACCCCUGUACUCAGAGCAUGGCGAAGAAUCGGAAGAGAUUGAGCUUAGCCUUGGCCUUUCGUUGGGAGGUCGGUUUGGUGUCGACAAGAACGCUAAGAAGCUUAUGCGAUCAUCGUCUAUCGUCGGGAUAAUGCCUUUCGUCAGUGAGGACGUCGACUCCACGACUCCGUCACCGGCGCCGGCAUGCCCGAAUACUCUCAUGCGGACCUCGUCACUUCCGACGGAGACCGAGGAGCAGUGGAGGAAGAGGAAGGAAUUGCAAACAUUGAGGCGAAUGGAGGCGAAGAGACGGAGGUCGGAGAAGCAGAAAAAUUCCAAGACGGAGAGAGAUGGCAUCAGUGGCGGCGCAGGGGAAGUCGCCGGUGGUGCAACGGUGUCCCCACGACCUUUCGGGUUGCCUGGCUGGGGUGCAUCGUCUGCUUGUAACGCUAGGCAAGUGCAAGUCGUUCUUGGUGAUGUAUUGGCCAAAGGAAAGAUUGGUUUUCAAGGAUAUGCACAGCAUUCUUCUCAAGGCUCCGCAGAUUCUCAAGGUGGAAGCUCUUCGGGAAUGUCAGAAAUGGAGAGCAAACCUUUUAAAGGAUCAAGCAGUUGUGGGGAAGCAAGAAGCCCAGCUAGUAGUCAUCUCUUGCCGGAGCAAAGCAAGCAGGAUUCAGCAGGUUCAUCAGGGACAAACACAACUGAGAAUGCAAUCAGAACUUGCAGGGCUGAGUCGAAGUAUCCAUCAAAGAAACCGAAAUCUUCACUGAAAGAAGGGACGGAAAUCGGGAUAAACUCGAUGGAGGACAUGCCUUGUGUUUUUGCAAAAGGGGAUGGUCCUAAUGGAAGGAGGAUAGAGGGAAUCUUAUACAGGUAUGGCAAAGGAGAGGAAGUGAGGAUAAUGUGUGUUUGCCAUGGGAACUUCCUGUCGCCAGCAGAGUUUGUGAAGCAUGCUGGUGGUGGUGAUGUUUCUCACCCACUUAGGCACAUAGUUGUGAACCCUGUCCACACUCCAUUUUUGUGAGAUGAGAGUGACUUCCCUCCUUAUGUUCUGCAAAAAAGUGUGACAUAAUUAUAGGAUGAUAAUAUUAAAGUGAAAAAGAUUUAUAAUUUCAUUGUUAAGUCUUAUCUUAAUUCUUGCUAAA